AUGGCCACCGCUGGAGCUGUCGCCGUUUCGGAGCCAACCACCCACGUACCAGCAGAAAGGGAUACACUUCAGGAGAGUCCAGGUGCGGCUUCAACGCCCCUGGAUACAACCUCAACAAAUACCGAGGAUGUCCCACCUGCUAAUAACCAAAUCGCUUCGUGGAAAGGAUGGGCAGAAAUAGAAAAUGACCCGAUUGUGUUCAGCACCUUGUUACGAGAAUGGGGUGUCUCCAAUGUCCAGGUCAACGAAGUAGUGCCACUUGACAGCGUCUUCGAGUAUCCGCCGCAGAGUAUCUACGGACUAAUCUUUUUGUCGAGAUGGGCCGCACCCGAAACCGAAAAUGAUCUUACACAGCCUCCCACCGGAAUUUGGUUCGCAAACCAGACGCUUUCCAAUUCUUGUGCCACGGUUGCUCUUAUGAAUAUCGUCAACAACCAGGCCACGGUUAACCUGGGCCAGCCACUCGACGACUUCCGGGCGACCACUAUGCAUUUGACCCCCGUUGAACGAGGCCUUGCCCUAGAUCGCUUCGACCACGUUAGAGACGUUCACAACUCGUUUGCCACAGAGUUUGACAAGAUGAAUGUCGAUCUUCGUCUCAAACAGGACAUGGCUCUGGCCGAAAAGAAGAAAAGAGCCGCAAAUGCCAAACGGCCACGCAAGAAACUCAAAGCAGAAGACGAAGCCGACGAGGACGAAAGCGGUCUUCAUUUCAUUGCAUAUGUGCCAGCUGGAGGGGUGGUAUGGAGAAUGGAUGGCUUGGAGCGUCUUCCACGGAAGCUAGGCUUUGUGCACGAAGGAGAUAGCUGGAUCGCCAUGGUUCUUCCGGAGCUACAGGCUCAGUUGGAAUCCGCAACGACCAACUCUUUGGAGUAUUCCUUGCUCUCUCUGACCGCAUUGGACGACUCGUUGAGCUUGGAUGCGGAUCAGGUGAAGAUGGAGAGAACACGAGAGGAUUGGGGGCCAUUCCUGGCGAAAAUGGUCAAGGUGCAUGCUGAGAAGGGUACUUUGAAACAGGGACUGGGGUAG